GUUUUGCAGGAAGUGCUUCUUGACAGCUAUCAGAGAAAGUGGAACACAUUGUCCUCUCUGCCGGGGGAGCGUGACUAAAAAAGAAAGAACAUAUCCCAAAAGGGCUCUAGAUGUUGAAAACAGUAUGAAGAAAGCUUCUGGGGGCUGUAGAUGCUGUGAGAAGCAGGUUAGAUUUUCGUGGAUGAGACAGCAUUAUAAAACGUGUAAGAAGUAUCAGGAUGAAUAUGGUGUUUCUUCUAUUAUUCCAAACUUACAGAUUCCCCAAGAUUCAACAGGGAACAG